AUCGACAUUUCAACGUCUACGCCAUGUGAGACUUGUCUCGGUCACUGAGCUUCCUGUUUCCAGAUUCUCUCUCUACUCUCUCUCUCUCUCUCUCUCUCUCUCUCUCAUAUCUGAGAUAGAAAUACAGAUAUGGAAGCUUCACAGCUCUCUCACUGUCCUAUCCUCUCUGGAGCCAGAUGUUCUUGUUGUUAUGUUUGAAACCAAUAUUUACACCCACAAAACAAAAUGGGGUGCGCCUCUUCUGUUUAUGCUAUUCGAGGAAAGAAGAAGUUGACUGUCCCUGAAGUCGUGGUCUUUGUCCCGUCUACGCGAAUCCCGGCUCAGUCUGAUGUUCAAAAGCGUCUUAGAGGCCUCAUUCCAAAAGAUCUUGUUGACAGACUGUCGUCUCUUCGCAAUCAGAUUGUCUUAGUUGCAGAGGAUACUGGUGGAUCUGCUAUAUCUGAACUGCGGCGAGCAUUGGAGGAGUACUUGUCUGUUUUAAUUGGGCUCACCAAGAAAGAAUAUGGUCUGGAGAGAUUGGUUGAAUUCAAGUGGAAAUGUUUGGAGGAUGGAAAACAGGAAGCAUGUGCGGCAAACUCCUGGUUUGAAGUACUGUCUGUUCUGCACCUGAUGGCUAUGCUUACAUUGUCGGAGGCUGACACCUUGAUGAUCCCGCUCGACCAUUCUGGUUCGACUACAAGGACAGUUUCUUCAGAUUCCAAGAGAGAAGCUGUCGACUUAUUGCUCAAGGCAUCCGGCUACUUGGAAUUCUGUGUCCGGGAUGUCCUGGUUCGCAUACCACCCGAAAUCAAGAAAAAUUUGCCCAAAAUUUUGCGGGAUGGUGUGUUGGAGGCCAUUUCUUAUCAAACUCUAGGCCAGGGAACAGAAAUCCAGCUUGGCUUAGCUGUUGAAUGUCAGAAGGCCACAUUGUCAGUUAAAAGGAGAUUGGCAUGUGAACAGUUGACCUAUUUUAGUCAGGCCUAUCACUGCUUGUCAGGAUGCGACACAAAUAAUGGGUGCGGGAAGAAGCAUAUCUGGUUCAUCAAAUGGAAAUUUCUCGAGUCAAAGGCUGCAGCAUACUACUACCACGGCCUGAUCCUUGACAAGGGCAAUGAACCGUCAUGCCACGUUAGCGCUGUGUGCUGUUUUCUUGCAGCGGAAGAACUUGUAUCAGAGAGCAAGAAGGCUUGCUUAACCUUUUGCCUUGCAGCUCCAGUUACCAGGGCUCCUCCACUCUGGGGAGCUAUGAGGCAUUUGCAUCAGAAAAUUCCUGAAGUUGCAACAAGGAAAUCCCAGAUGUAUGGCUACCUUUUAGAACAAGAAAAGGUUCUACAAACAUUGCCUGACCUACCAGAAUUUCAACUGUCAUUAAGACCUGAUGACUAUCAGCUACCUGAAAUCGACCCGGCCUGGGAUUCCGAAAAGUGGGAAGCUGAGGGCCAGACCUUGAAAGAGCACCUAAAAGAUAGCGACGACGAGAUUGAAACUCCAGAGUGAUGUCUUUCGACCAGCACUAAUCAUGUUAUUAGUGAUUUAGAACAAGCUAAAUUACAGAUAUCACAUCACUAUGUAUAUGUUUUAUAUAUGAUCAUCGUUCAUCACUGCAAUAUGAUGAUCCAUCCAGGCAGUCAGACAAGCACAUAAAAUGGGUCAUCCCCAUUGGUGACAAGCUUGUUGAAUUAAA